ACUGUGUAUGUUUCUAUUUAUUAUCAGCGUAUUCGCUUAUAUUUUUACACUAAAUCAUCUAGCGCAAAGUUCAAUAUUCGAAAUAUAGCUAUUUAAAAUUCUACAGCAGGACUGUAAUAAAAAAUGGACGUACAGUUGAAGUAAACUGCCCAAAGGACACGACUAUUUUAUACCUGCUACCUGCCUCUGUCAAUUGCUUUGUUUGUGUUGUUUUCAUAGUUACUGUUACUGUUGUUGUUGUCAGUGCAGAGAAACAAAAAUUUAUUCAGAACUAGAAACAGAUCUUUUUCUAACAUCGCAUAUGUAUGAACACACAUACAUGUGUGAAUAUUAAGAGUAUAUACCCUAUAUAUUUCGUAAUGUUUACAACUAGGAAAUAGUUUCACUACUAAGAGGAAACAAAGACAAACCCGAAAUCUGAAAAAUGGCAGCGAUAAAGAACAUCACUUUGGGCAUACUGUAUGGCCUGUGGGACAGCAUACGGGGCAUGACUUUGGUUCUACACAUAGACAACGAAGUGAAUCGCCAGAAUGCCGAGCAAGAAACAAUGCGACAGCUGCGUCGCAUGGAUAGGGAACGCUAUGAAAAGGCCAAGAGAUCGCCAUCACCUGUGCCUAGCUCAGCCGCAGCCAUGAUACGCGAGGAGUAUGUAAAGCGGGCAGAAGAGAACUCUGAUGAGCGGAGUCUGCAGAAGAUAUUGACAAAGAAAAAGUCAACGGAGAAAGAAGAGGAACAACCCAAGGGUGAGAAGAAAAUAGCUAAGAAAUUAUUCAAGUGCUGCAUGUUAAAUGGCGGUUUUACCUGGCUAAGCAUUGUCCUGUUCGAAUCAGUGCUGUUGCCCACGCUGAAAUUCUGUUUAACCAUAUUCUAUGGAGCCCAAUCGGAGACUCUGCCCAUUGUGUGGAGCUGGUUGGAUCCCAUAUUGUCAUUGCUAUUUGGAAUGAUGUGGGUUUUGCCCAUAUUCAUGCUUUCCAAGAUUGUGAGUUCAUUGUGGUUCGCUGAUAUAGCGAAUGCGGCCUACCGCGUGAGGAAAGGCCGGCCACAAUUAAUACCGGGCAUCAGCAAAUUGGUGGCAGAUUUUCUAUUUAGCAUGGUGGUGCAAAUGCUGUUCCUGGUGCAGAGCAUGCUGGUGAAUCUGGUGCCCGUGAAAUAUGUGGGCUCGUCUCUAUGCUUCAUUCACUUGUGUCUGCUCUAUUCACUGUAUUCAUUUGAGUACAAGUGGUUCAACAUGGGAUGGGAACUGCAUCGUCGCCUCACCUACAUUGAGAAGAAUUGGCCGUACUUUUUUGGCUUUGGCAUACCAUUGACGGUGCUAACGAAUCUAUCCAAUUCGGUAAUAGUAAGCAGUUGCAUAUUCUCCAUAUUUUUCCCCCUCUUCAUACUGAGUGGCAAUGAGGCCAAACCGAUUGUGGACACAACUGAGAUCUCGCUGCGUCUUUUCUCACCAGUGGUUUUCAUAUCAAAUCUCUGCUUUGGCGGCAAUCCCUGGAGCAAGGCCAAUCGCCUUUCGGCCAUGCAGCGACAACAAUACGAACUUCAACAGCGACAGCGUUUGCUUCAACGUGACGAGCUUCUGUUGAAACAAAAGAAGCAACAAUAUAUAAACCAACAACGUCUCCAUCAAGAGCACAUGCGGCGGGAACGGUCGCGGUCGCAUACACCACAAUCGACAGCCCAGCCAACAUAUCGUUAUGCCCAGGCCCCGGUUUUCGAUGCGGCCCGGGCCCGUGAUUCAUCAGCCUCAUCCACCCAUAGCUCCACAUCGCCCAGCUUGGCUAACUACAGACCCCCAUAUUUUGGCAGCAAUUCGCUGCAUCAUACACCGCUGGUGCCCACUCCUGUGCCUGGGCAACCAAGAGUCCCGCUCACUCCACGCCAGGAGUCGGGCCCAGAUGACUGGAAUUUGUGAGAUUUAUGCAAAUACAACUAUUUUGUAGGCAUAUAGACUAUAUAAUAUACUAUAUAUAAACACUUGA